UUAUACCUUACUUGAUCUUUUUAUAUCACUUCCAAACCCUCUGUGCCCUGGGGCUCUUUUUUAUCUCCAUCACACUUUAAGUAACUUCAAUAAGCGCUUAAAAUAGGGAAACAGUCCUAGAGGUCUGGAAGGCUUCAGCUAAUGUGUCUCUGUGCUUUCAGAGGGGUGAGGUUACAGAGCAACAAAGCCAACACUCAUGUGGAAUUCCUGGGGCCGCUGAAAACAUGCAAAUCCUGAUGCCACCUGGCCAAAGCUGCUGUGCCCUCGCCAUCCUGCUGGCAAUCGUGGACUUCCAACGUGGUGGAUGCCUCCAAGUCACCAGCUCAGUAUCCCAGCAAGGAGGACAACUGGUCUUCACCUGCACUUUGUGGCACAAGAGAGGCGAAGCCGAGGGGCUAAUACUCUUCUGGUGCAAAGACAGGCGGUCCGACUGUUCUCCUGAGACCAGCUUAGAGCAGCUAAGGGUGAAAAGGGAUCCUGGGACAGAUGGUAGCAAUGAACAGAAAUCUCAGUUGGUAUUCACCAUAGACCAAGCCACACCAUCGGACAGUGGGACCUACCAGUGCUGUGCCCGAAGCCAGAAGCCAGAAAUCUACAUUCAUGGUCAUUUUGUCUCUGUUCUAGUCACAGGUAAGUCCCUAAGAACCAAAUGCAGCCAGAGGAGCAGUGAGCGGGGCUGACAGUAGGAGUUUCGAGCAGCGAGUUGAGGUCCUAAAUAGCAAUCCCCUUGAGCAUCCUUCCUCCCUUGAGCACCCUUCCUCCCCUGAGCAUCCUUCCUCC